AUGGCUGCGACCAAAGCAGCCAAAGAACAGAAAUAUGACCGGCAGCUCAGAUUGUGGGGGGACCAUGGUCAAGAAGCUCUUGAAAAUGCCCACGUUUGUCUCAUCAAUGCCACAGCAACUGGGACAGAAAUACUGAAAAACCUUGUGCUUCCAGGUAUUGGAGCAUUUACGAUUGUGGAUGGACACACUGUUUCAGGGGAAGAUGUGGGACAUAACUUUUUCCUUAGCUACAGCAGCAUUGGAAAGAACAGGGCACAGGCUGCCACAGAACUGCUCCAAGAACUGAACACUGAUGUAUCGGGAAACUUUGUUGAGGAGAACCCUGACAUGCUCUUGGACAACAAUCCAGAUUUUUUCCAUAGAUUUACCAUUGUAAUUGGUGUGCAGUUACCUGAAAGCACAAGUCUGAGGCUAGGUGCAGUUUUGUGGAGUGCCUCAGUGCCAUUUCUGCUUUGUAAAACAUACGGCCUCAUUGGUUACAUGAGGCUUGUCGUGCAAGAGCACACAGUGAUUGAGUCACACCCUGACAAUGCUUUGGAGGACCUGAGGUUAGACCAACCUUUUGCUGAGUUCAAGAAACACAUUCAAUCUUAUGAUCUGGAAAGCAUGGACAAAAAGGAUCACAGUCACACACCUUGGAUAGUCAUUGUUGCUAAAUAUCUUGAAAAAUGGCUCAACGAGCAAGACUCGCAGCCACCCCGAAAUUACAAGGAGAAAGAGGCCUUCAGAACGAUUAUUCGGGAAGGGAUCUUGAAGAAUGAGAAUGGAGUCCUUGAGGAUGAAGAAAACUUUGAGGAAGCCAUUAAGAAUGUCAACACUGCUUUAAAUCCAACGAAGAUCCCCACUGUUAUUAAGGACCUCUUUAAUGAUGAUCAAUGUAACAACUUAACUUCACAGAGUUCACCCUUCUGGGUGAUGAUGCGAGCUGUGAAGGAGUUUGUACAUAAUGAAGGCUGUGGUAACCUACCUGUGCGAGGGACCAUCCCAGAUAUGAUUGCAGACUCCCAGAAGUUUAUCAACCUCCAGAAUGUUUACAGAGAAAAGGCCCUGCAGGAUGCUAUGUCUGUUGGCAGAUACGUUGAAAGCCUGGUCCAGUCUAUUGGAAAGGCACCUGAAAGCAUCUCUGAAAAAGACAUAAGACUAUUCUGCAAGAAUGCCUCCUUUCUGCAGGUGGUGCGCUGCAGAUCUCUGGCGGCAGAGUACAGCAUGGAUUCAGUCAACAGAGAUGAAAUCACCUCAUGCAUGGACAAUCCCGAUAGCGAGAUGGUCCUCUACCUUAUGCUUCGAGCAGUUGACCGCUUCCACCAGCAGCACUCGCGCUAUCCAGGUGUGUAUAACUAUCAAGUAGAAGAGGACAUUAGCAAGCUCAAGCUGUGCGUCACUAGCCUGCUACAGGAAUACAACCUUAAUGUCAACAUUAAGGAUGAUUACGUGCACGAAUUCUGUCGAUAUGGUGCAGCUGAGCCACAUACAGUUUCUGCAUUUAUGGGAGGUUCAGCUGCACAAGAGGCCAUCAAGAUUAUCAGCCACCAAUUUGUGCCAUUUAACAACACUUUCAUCUACAACGCAAUGUCACAGACCUCUGCUACUUUAAAAUUGUGA